GAUACGCAUGGAGCCUCCAUCACCCCCUGUCUCUUUUACGCACCGAGUCCGAUGAUGCGCGCAGGUACAGGGACCCUAACCGCCACGUUUCCAGCGACACUCACCGAUGAAUCUCCUCUUACAUGGACUAAUAUGAAAGAAGUGGAUGCAGAGGUCUGACACAGCCGAGAAAGGAGGCACGUUUCUUGUGGAGCAUUCUGGUUUUCCAUCCCCGAGCGUCAGCAUGGAUGUCUUAGCGAACUACAGUAUCUUUCAGGAACUUCAGAUCGUGCACGACACCGGCUACUUCUCCGCCAUGCCUUCGCUGGAGGAGAACUGGCAGCAGACCUGCCUAGAAUUGGAGCGUUAUCUUCAGACGGAGCCCAAGCGUCUGUCAGAACUCUUCGACCAAGACCUGGACGGCCUACUAACUCCCGCCUACCUGAAGGAGGACGGCGAGGAGGACGGCGAGGAGGAGCUGACGGACGCUCUGCUGCCAGACCUGCCCAACCUUCCGGAGCCCCCGAGCCCCCCUCCGGUCAUCCUCUGCCCAACGCGGAAGAAUAUCCCCUCCUCCGGUGCAAUGAAAAGAGACCUCAAACCUAAGGGCCAAGGCCUGGAAAACGUAGAAGCGAUGGAAGGGGUCCACCAGGCGCAGCUGAGCGCCGUCACCUCCCUGACGCCCCCCUCGUCGCCAGAACUGGGCCGACACCUCUUCAAACCCAACCAGACUCUGACAGCCUCCGCCGACGGGACGCUGACCCUAAAGCUCGUCGCCAGGAAGGCGGGGCUCAGCGCGGCUCGGCUGGUGGCGGCGCACUCGCUCCCGGUUCGGAUGAAGGACGAAGAGGAGGGGGCGGCGUGUGUUAUCGGGGUGGGGGAGCUACCGGAGAACAAGAAGAGGAUCCAUCGCUGUCAAUUCAACGGCUGCAGGAAGGUGUACACCAAGAGCUCCCACCUAAAGGCCCACCAGAGGACACACACAGGUGAGAAGCCGUACAAGUGCUCGUGGGAGGGCUGCGAGUGGCGAUUCGCCCGGAGCGACGAGCUGACGAGGCACUACCGCAAACACACCGGCGCCAAGCCUUUUAAGUGCAACCACUGUGACAGGUGUUUCUCGCGGUCGGAUCACUUGGCGCUACACAUGAAGAGGCACAUCUGAGGAAUCCGAGAGAGGUCAGCGGGAGUGGAAGAGAAGGGAAGGGGGAUGGAGGCGGAGUGGAAGAAGGAGAGGGAGCUUCUUCUGCAGAGAAAUAACACCAUGGAUGUAAGAGAGAGAGAAAAACUCUAAAUUUGGCCGUUCUGGACCGGAUGGAAAAGCACCGCACAAGUACGCUAGCUACGGAAACACAGAAGCCGGACAUAUCCCAAGUGUCAAUCUGUGCUCUACUAGUUGGUCCAUGAUUCCACGGCGAUGCCGUAACCUCACAAAUGUCUCCCGGUGUUGUGGCGUGGACGAUACAGACGCUCCGUCCCACCCCUCAUGUGUGUCUCAGAGGGGAUGGAUGGUGGACCGAGUGCCUGCAGUUGGCAGCUCUUUGUCGUCCGGCGCAACCGUCCCUCGGCUUCCAAAAUGUUCACCCAGCGAGCACACCAACGCCAAACUGGACCAGUUGUACAGUGAUUUCUGCUCUUUGUAUAUUCGAGAUUUCCUUUUUCUUCAAAAGUACCUUGAGUUGAGAACAGUUAUUUCCUGACAGUAGCUCAACAGAAUCUUCUCGCAGGGUAAGCAAGCGGGAUUUCUCUCCUUCAAACCUGCCACAGCCUUUACAAAUCACCAAAGGGUUUAUCAUCUGAUAUAUAGUAUAGAUACUUUAUCAAUCUUCCAACUGGAUACAUGUAUAAAUCCUUCUGGUUCUUUGGCAUCGGAGCGUUCGAUUGGAUUUGAGGAUUGGAUUGUUGCACUUAGGUGCUGUUAAGACAGAGGGAGGUCAUCCCGAGGACUGGCUUGCUUCACGAACAUCAUCCAUUGAGGGUCAACACUGGAUGAGGCUAACUGAUCCACUCUGGGAAAGACUGUUCAUCUCCUUGAAUGUCUUCAGGAACAGAUCGUCUCAUGAGAGGACAGACCAUCCAUCAAAAGUGUUUUCCCUCUCCAGGAUCUUACGAGUUGUUGUCAGGAACGGUUGCACAAUUGACAAACUUUUUGUAAAAAUUCCCCCCCAAGCGCUGGCUGGCUUCCACAUGCCGUCCGUGUGCGGGAAGCCACAUGCACAAGUCGAAGCAGCUAGUGGACUGCAAUAGCACACUGAACAAGAUUACCAUGUAUAAUGAAGGCUACACUGAAGAAAAGAUUAUCCUAUUUGUUGAAAACUGACAUUAAAGAGACCAUUUUGAAGGAAACAUCGGAAAAGGAGGCAGCCAAAAAAGUGUCUACUGUAAUGCCUGAAAUGAUCUCUUUGGCCUUUAAGAGUGAUUGGCAGCUACAGUCACUGGGUUGAGGAUUUUGUCCUGUUCACACCACCCAUUCAGAACUCCUAAAAGCCGCAUUCAACAGCUCUCCUAAUCGGGCCCUAUGCAUUUCCAAGAACAUUCCUGCAGACUUCCUGACCUCACAUGCAUGUCUGAACGCAGAUUGCUGGACACGGAAGGACUUGUGGGACAAAUUCAAUCAAUUGGGUGGCUCUUCUUGGAGCGAAUCAAUUUGAAUGUAUCUGUUGUAAGUCUGUACAUGUUGCUAGGCCCAUGAAAACACACAUGUGAGUUUGUAGUUUCACUGUUGAACUGAAUGGCCUCGGAAACAACUAGCUAGUCAUGGCUGUUGGCUUUUUACUGGUGGGGGGGGAGUGUGGAUUUCAAGUGGGUGGCAGGAAUGGGUUAGGGGAGAAACACAUCUGCUCCGUCAGCACAUGAUAACAGCCCCAUCAGCUCUUGAAACUGCAGAGGAGUGAAACCCAUACACACGACACAUGCAUACACUCCUAGAGAACUGGAAUUACCAUUUGUCCUUGGUGAUCUGAGUCUUGUCCAACAGAACAAAGAUCUAGCUUUUUGCUCUUGCCAUCUUUGAUCCACCGAUAGAAAUACAUUUUCAAUGAGCAUCGAUUCAACUCAAGCGCACAUAAAACAAACAGGCAGCUCGGACAAAAAGUAGAUUUUCAGGAUUCCUACGAACAGAAUUUGGAACUACUAUGUCAAUGUGUUUAUUUCUUUAUUUUACAAGACUUGUAAUACUUUGAGGCAAAGUGAGGCACACAGCAGCCUGCUUUUUUGGCAGGGGAAGCAGUAAAUUGAUUUCACUCUGUAUACCAGCGGCGCAUUUCAAUUUCGGGUAUGAAUGCAGCCCCGCUCAAUCAUAUCUGCACAUGAUCUGUCCGCGGCUCUGGAAGUAGAAGCUGUGUGCUGCUUUGCAUAAAUAUUGAACUCCUUCUGUCUAAACGUGCAAAUACACCAGGCUCACUUUUUAUAUUGAACAUCUCGGUGACAGGCGUUUAUUUGCAAAGACAACAUGGAGGGACCACAAUAGAAACCACGUUUUUCUCCUGGUUUAUUUUCAAAAAGACCAAAAAUUCUCAACAACCAUUCAGGUUGCAACGCUUUCAAUGCUACCAUCCACACUUGGAAUAAGCGAAAACCGUAGCAACGUUUGUAGAAAAUGUAAAAAUGUCCAGUUCAGAUGGGAAAGUCGGAGCAGGUUUGUGGUUUUCCUGCUCAUGGAUUAAAUGAAGAAUAGCAGUUUAACUCAUGGGUUAAAAUGGUAUCAUCAAUGGCAGCUCUACUUGUGUGUUUCAGUAUUUCAAUGGGCACCCUCUUGUUGCGAAUGUGUGGGAAUGUGCAGAUCUGAAGUGUUUUUUUGUCCUGUACCAAUCACAGAAACACUCAAUGUGUUUCAUUUUCCGGAGCGGAGACAUGGGAAUAUUCAAAAUACUGAACAAUUUUAACAAAUGUCAAAGACUGGAGGGUUUCAAAAUGUGAAUGUGUUUUCCGGAAAGGUUGUUUCAUGUUGUCAGAGGAAGCGGUUGAGUUCUGUGUCAUCUUAAUGAAUGAUUGUCAAUUCUGCCGUGCCUGUGUGUUCUUCGUCUGUUUGUAUUUGCACUCUAAAUUUUUCGGGGGAGAAAUCACUCGCAUAUCUGAUGUUUCCUGUCCGCUCUGACACUUCACACGACGACCCCCCGGGUGAUAAAACACUGAUCACAAAGUCUGUAUAGUAACUGUUUUUUAGCACAAAUGUACACACGCUCACACACAUGCAUGCAAACACCCCCUAAACAGACAUAAACAUACAUGCACAUUCAAAAUCACACACACACACACACACACUCCGUUCUCCUUGUGUGUUUUUCACAGUUUCUUCAUGCCACCUUGUGGGAGUCAGAGAUCCAGACUGCAGCUUUUGCUCUGCUGAGGGGGGGGGGACAUUACUAUGUGUGACACCACCUCUGUUUCCACUAGGUCUGAAUUUCAAAUCAAACGCACCCCCCUUUUCUACCAGCAUUCCCUCAUCGCCCCCCCUUUCUCCCUCUUCCAUUUUCUCAGAUAUGAUCCCUUUCAACUCCUCUCCUCUGUCCAACUCCCCCCCCCCCACCUCCCUCCCUCCCCCCGCCCUCUCCUCCACCUUUUUCCUCCGUUGUCUUUCUCCUUUUCUUUCUUCGCUGUACAAAGUGUUUCAAAUUUAUCAUUUGUAUAUUAUGAUGUAUGGGUACGAUAAUGUUCUUUAUUAUGGAAAAAUGAGAAAGAUUUAUUUUUGUUACCGGUUUGUUUCAUAAUUCCUUUUUUAAAUUGGUAUUGUAAUAUCUCUAUGCAAGGAACUGUUCGGUGAAUCGUUUUUAUUUAAGAAUGUAAUUAUGUGUAAUAAAUGGUAGAAGCAG